UGCAAUGCGUGAAAAUGUUAGUGAAGACAGGUGAAAAAACAAUGGAGAAUUCAAAGGGAGGAAAAGGGAAGAGAUUGUGGAAGAAGGUGAAGUAUCAACUGGUUGAAUACCAUUCAUUACCUGGUUAUUUGAGGGACAAUGAGUAUAUUGUUGGGCAUUAUAGAUCUGAAUGGCCAAUGAAACAGCUUUUGCUUAGCAUCUUCUCCAUCCACAAUGAGACUCUCAAUGUUUGGACGCAUUUGAUUGGGUUCUUCCUUUUCCUUGCCCUCACCAUAUACACUGCAAUGAAAGUUCCAAAGGUUGUUGAUCUUAACUCUUUGAGUCAUAUUCAUGAUAUAUUGAGAAAAGCGGAUCUCCACAAAUUACAUUCCGAGCUCGUAACAUGCUUGCCGUCGUUACCCAACAUGUCCGAUCUACACAAAUUUCGAGAUGAGUUAAAGACGUCGAUCUCCGGUUGGCAUGUUCGUGAACUUCUAUAUAAUUGUUUACCUGAGAGUUUCUCCUCUAGGAAUCAAUCCAAUGUAUGUAUUUUGAGGAGCAUGAAGGAGGAUGUGACAAACAUAAUAGCACCAUUGAUGGUGAGACCGAUAACGCGGUGGCCAUUUUUCACCUUCUUGGGCGGUGCGAUGUUUUGCCUGCUAGCUAGCAGUGCAUGCCACCUCCUAUCGUGCCAUUCUGAGCGCAUAUCGUACAUCGUACGCCGGCUAGACUAUGCUGGCAUCGCUGCUCUUAUAUCCACUUCCUUUUAUCCACCGGUGUACUAUUCUUUCAUAUGUGAUCCAUUCUUUUGUAGGCUCUACUUGGGAUUCAUAACCAUCUUAGGAGUUGCAGCCAUCUUGUUUUCAUUCUUAGCGGGGUUUCAUCGACCCGAAUUUCGAACCCUUCGUGUAUCCCUUUUCUUCGGCAUGGGGAUGUCCAGCAUAGCACCGAUCAUUCACAAACUCAUCUUGUUUUGGCACCAACCUGAGGCACUUCAUACUACCCUUUACGAAGUUUUGAUGGGGAUUUUAUAUGGUAUUGGGGCAUUUGUGUACGCGGCGAGGAUACCAGAACGGUGGAUGCCAGGAAAAUUCGACAUUGCGGGACAUAGUCACCAACUUUUUCACAUCUUGGUUGUUGCUGGGGCAUACACACAUUAUCGUGCCGGAUUGGUUUACCUCGAAUGGAGGGAUCAACAUGGAUGUUGAAACAAAUUCAAAUGUCAGGAAAAAUAAUUUUUGAUUAGUGGAAAGGUUAUUCAAGUGUAUAUAUUUUUUAGUAUAACAAAAAUAGGAGUGGACUGACGAAGGCCCCGUUCUUUAUCCCGUUUGAGAAGUGCUUUUCCACCCAAAAGUGCUUUUCUCUUAAAAGCAGCAAAGAACGGCUUCCUUUUCUCAUCCAAUUUCUCCAUCAAAAAAGUGCUUCUCCCUAGAUGGAGAAGCUAAAAAAAUCUCCUUUUCUUCUGCUGUAAUUGCUUUUCGGUGAAAAUUGACCAAAUACCCCUGUCUUCUCCCCCAAACGUUUUUCCCCUCUGCUGGCUCCUUCUUUCCCCUCUGCUGGUGAAACCCGAUUUCUUUUCCCCAUUUUCAGCUUUCAAAGCUUUAUUUUCUGUUCUUUGUUCCUCUUCCGCAGCAGGUUAUUGCAAUUCCUGAGUAUAACCAUGCCAUAGGGUAUGCAUCAAUAGCAGAUUACAAUACACAGAAGCUUCCCAGAAA